AUGGAGGGGGUUGAGGGUGUCGAUGUUUCUGCCGACCAGAUGCACAUUGACCUCACCUUCAAGCCUGAAGAGUAUAGAUCCAUCAAGAAUGCAGCCCAGCAAUGCAGUGUGACUCCGGCCACAUUCUUUUAUGCUGCUUGGGCACUAUGUCUCGGCUUGUAUACAGACUCAGAAAACGUCGUCGUCGGAGCCGUUUUGUCGACUCGGAACCUUGGACUGUCUGGCAGUUUCGAGACCAUCGGACCCAUGGUCAAUACCCUGCCGCUUCAAGUUGACCUCUGUUGGGAAGUUUCCGUGCGAGACUUCGUCAAAGAUGUCUUCGACCGUAUGCGGCGCCUCAUGCACUACUCCUGGACGACACCGGACAACGGCUUCACGCGUAUCAAGUGCAAUUUGAUGGCUAUGACCCCGAACGAACAGCAGUGGGCAGAGGGUAGCGGGGUUCGAUCCUCCUUCUUCAAGCACACGACCAACCUGCCGUUGAAUGCCAUCGUCAAAGAUGAUGGAAGCGGCAUGAUCCUUCAGUACUCUUCCCGGCGCUUUAGUCGGAAUGCGAUGGAAACUCUUGCGGGGGUCUUCAAAGUCGCCUUGACGUCGUUGUGCGAGACCGAAGCUCCUCUGGAAUCAGCACGUGUUCUUCCCAGCAGUUACCUCGAGAGUCUCAGCUCGAUGGGAAACUGGCAGUCCCAAAAGACCACCGUUUCUUCAAUCACCGAAGAUCUUGUUACACUAUUCGAGCGCACCACGGAACGUUACCCCUCUGCCGUAGCGAUUGACUCAGGGAGUCGACAGGUCACUUAUGCCGAGCUGGAAAGCCUUUCCGGCAAGGUUGCUCACGCUCUUUCUGGCCAGAUUGAGCGUCAAGAGGUUGUCGCGGUACACGCAGAUGGAUCUAUCAACUGGAUCAUCUCAAUAUACGGCAUUCUUCGCGCCGGAGGAAUCUACUGUCCUUUGGACAAGGCACAUCCACAACAUUACCGAGACUCUCUCUUCGAGUCAUCAACGGCAAAGAUUUUCUUGGCCACCAAUACGGAAUCCAUGUCUAAGAGGUGUUCGACAGCGGAAGUUGCGCUUGAUAUCCAAGCCAUACUUGACGGCCAUGUUUCCGGUUCUUCCUCCCAUGCAUGUUUCACUGCGAGAGCUCAACCACGACCGCAAGACAGAGCCUACCUUUGUUUCACAUCUGGCUCUACUGGCAAGCCAAAAGGCGUCAUGUGCACCCAUCAGGGUCUCGUUGCUUUCCAAAGCGACCUUGAAGUUCGUCUAGGUGCGUCAGUUGGAACCAGAAUUGCCCAGAUCAUGUCCGUGGCUUUUGACGGCGCCAUUCAUGAGUUAUUUUCGGCCCUCUCUUAUGGUUCAACUUUGGUCCUGCGGAAAGAAGGCGAGGAAGCCGGUUUAAGCCACUUAAAGACCGUUGACUGUGCUAUUCUCACUCCGUCACUGGCUUCGGUUCUCGAUCCAGGCGACUUCCCGAGGCUCAAAACGGUUUACCUCGUCGGCGAGAUUGUUCCGCAGACAGUUUGCGACACUUGGUCAGCCAGAAAAGCCGUUUACAAUAUGUACGGGCCAACCGAGGCGACUUGCGGUGCCACCAUCAAACGACUUCGUCCAGGAGAGCCUGUCACGAUAGGAGGUCCGAACCCUUCAACAAGGAUCUACAUCUUGGACCACCACCGACGUCUAGUCCCCCCUGGAAGGACCGGAGAAAUCUAUCUGGCCGGCGUUCAGGUUGCUCGCGGUUAUAUCGGGCGACCUGAGGUUACCAAAGAACGUUUUCUUGAAGAUCCCUUCCAUGGCUCAGGGGAAUUCAUGUAUAAAACCGGAGAUCGAGGUUACUGGAGUGAAGACGGAGAGAUCAUCUUUCUCGGCCGAGCCGACCGACAGAUCAAACUUCACGGAUUCCGGGUCGACCUCGAGGAUCUAGAGGCACGCAUUCUUCGAGCGUGUAAUACACAGUAUGGGGUUCGCGCCGUGGCCAUGACGAACAGGAUGGACGACCUGGUGUGUAUGAUUCAGACUGAGUCUACAGAUCUUGUCGGAAUCAAGGAUACCAUCCGCAGAGUACUUCCUGCCUUUGCCGUUCCAAAAUGCGUCUCAGUCGCGCACAGUCUGCCUAUGACGCCAAACAUGAAGGUGGACUACCGCGCUAUCGCUCACGUUGCUGAUAGCUCAGUCAUGACUGAGUCUGCUCAACGAGCUGUCAAGGACGAAGAUCUGAGGACGGAAACCGAAAUUGCCGUCGCAGCUGUCUGGAGCAAAGUACUUGAGUUGGCUGCCACAGCCGUCAAGAUCGGCCCCGAAUCCAACUUCAUACAACUAGGCGGUCAUUCUCUGCAGCAGCUGAAGUUGACAUCCAGUUUAAGGGCGGUAUUUGGAACACAUAUCACGAUGAGAAUGCUGUUGACCUUGCCGACCUUGAGAGACCUGGCCGCCGCGAUUGAUCAGAUGGACAAGGGGCUUCUGCCAGCACCGUCCUUGCCACCGUCUUUAUCUCCUGGCAGAGAGUAUAUCGAUGGACUUCAGCAUUCUGAGCCUGGGCCAAUGGAGAAAGAAUGGUGGCAGAAGGGGCAGCUGAACCGCGGCACAUCUGCUUUCAAUGUGAGCUGGGUUGCACAGUACGACGGCAAUAUCUUUAACCAGUCGAGAAUGAUUGUAGCCUGGAACAUGGUGCUGGCCAGCUACGAUAUCUUCCGUGCUCGCUAUGUUUGCGAUCAUGAGCAUGGUCUUCAAAGAGUUCUGGCCAAGUUUCCACCCCGUAUCGAGCAACGGCGUCGCAUCGACGUUCGCAAGGAACUGAAUCGGCCAUUCAAUCUCGCAGAAGAGGCUCCAGUGCGGGUGAUCAUGACGGGGAACACCGUUGUGGCCGUACUUUCUCACAUUGUCUGCGACUACACAACGCUUGGCCUCGUUCUGCACGAAGCUGCGACCGCCUAUCAAUGCUGUCCCUCGCUCUUAAUGCCGCUACGGCCACAGCCCUGCCACCAACGAGUGGUUUCAAAUACGGUUGAUCCUGCUUGUCUCGACUUCUGGUCUGAGUAUCUGGGGGAUGUGAAGCACAAUCGCCAUGCAUACCUCGGAAACGGUGGUGAGCGAAGAAGCUACGAUGGCAGGUCGCUGACAGGCCUCGUAUCUACCUCACUUUGGCAUCGUAUGCAAAAUUGCGUUCAACAGUCCGGCGUCACACUUCAGCAACUUCUGGUUGCAGCGGUUGCCAUGGCGCUCAGCGCUGAAGAUGAAGAAAUUGAUCUGACACUGGGUAUGCCCUUCAUCAACCGUCACUCCGAGACGGAAAUGAAAGCGGUUGGCCUCUUCCUAGAGCCAUUGCCAGUGCGCGUGCGCUUUGGUGACCUCAACGCUUCCCUCAAAUCGUUCCUUGCCUCGGCACAGGCUUCUUCACAGCGUGCUCUGGCGCAUGUUAUUCCGUGGGAUCAACUGCUGAAGCACCUCAAUGUGGACGUUGGUGCCCAUCUUCCAAACCACCCGCUUUUUGACUGCGUUGCUUCUUUUCAUGAUGCUCGUGGGCAAGACGCAGGCCGGCACAACCAGGAAAGAGGAGGCCCCUGGAGUAAGGCAGCUUGGGGAGGUGGCGUGGAGCCGCAACUUGUGUGGAGCGAUGGCGCCAAAUUCAAGUUGAUGGUAGAAUGUUUGGCAUAUGACGAAGACACGUUGGUUUUGAGACUCGAGUACGACACAGCAUGCUUUGGUCAAGAUGUUGUUGGGAGUGAGGGACGGAUUGAGGCUGUGCGACGCAUGAUCUUAACAGCCAUGGACGCGGUCGUUUCGCACCAAGACGGUGUCUUUGACAAGCUUUGGAGAGAUCUGAGGGAAGCAUGGCGGCUUGAACGAAGUCUUGGUUUCAAUACCGGGCAUGAUGUGGACGUGAAGUUGCUCGAUGGUGGUGAAGAUCUGUUUCUGAAGUGCUUUUCGCAGUUGAAAGAGAGCGAAGCAUAG